CUCAAAGCCACCACGCAUCACUCGCCUUCCGUCACCAUGCUGCGCACUGUCCGCCGCAUUAAGUUGCCUCUUGCUGUGCGCCACCGCCAAGCCGCAGUGGCCACUGCUGUCCGUACGUUCCAUGCGACGUCGACGACGGUCGCGUCGUACAUUCGUUUGAACAACCGCGCCAAGUUCUGCAUUUCCCAAGUCCGCUCGUUUGCCUCGGUGGACGUCCCUGUCCCGUCAAUGGGAGAUUCGAUCUCGGAAGGCACAGUUGUCGAGUGGGUCAAGAACGUUGGCGACCACGUCGAUGCUGACGAUGUUGUUGUCGUGAUUGAAACGGACAAAGUCAGUGUCGAUGUCCGAUCGCCCUUCGCUGGUGUCGUGACUGCCCAUUUGGCCGAAGUUGAAGCUAGUGUGAACGUCGGCGCACCAUUGUUUCAAAUAGACCAAGGUGCAUCACCAUCUGGCGCUUCUUCGAGCCCUGCUACGUCCACGGUUCCUCCUGCUGCCUCAACACCUGUGCCAGUCGCUGCCACCCCUGCUGAAACUACUGCCACUGGUGCUCCUGUCACCGUGAACGUGCCGUCCAUGGGCGAUUCCAUCUCUGAGGGUACUGUUGUGAGCUGGACAAAGGGACCUGGUGACUUCGUGGAAGCGGACCACGUCGUCUUGGUCAUUGAAACCGACAAAGUCAGUGUUGACGUCCGUGCGCCUCAAGCCGGUGUUAUCCAACAGACAUUGGUCAAUGUCGAAGAUGUUGUGACCAUCGGUGCUCCCUUGUUCACGUUGGUUCCUGGUGCCAGUGGUGGCGCCAAGGCUGCCGCUCCUCCUGCUGCUACAUCUGCUCCAGUUGCCCCUGCACCGGUUGCUGCUGCUCCCACCAAGAACCAACCAGAACCAACCAAGGCUGCUCCUUCUGUGUCGACGAACAUUGUGUCUCCCGUGUUGGGAGGCCUGCCUCGUGGCACGACCCGUGAAAAGAUGAGUCGUAUGCGCCUCCGCAUUGCUGAGCGAUUGAAGGAAUCGCAAAAUACGAGUGCGAGCCUCACCACGUUCCAGGAAGUGGACAUGUCUAAGCUCAUGGCGCUCCGUUCAACGUACAAGGAUUCAUUCGAAAAGAAGCACAACGUAAAGCUUGGCUUUAUGAGUGCCUUCAUCAAGGCUUCGGCUGCGGCGCUCUUGGAAACCCCCGGCGUGAAUGCGUCGAUCGAUGACAAGCACGCCGAGAUCAUCUACCGUGACUUUGUCGAUAUCAGCGUGGCCGUGGCGACGCCCAAGGGCCUCGUCACCCCCGUGAUAAAAAACACCGAGUCGAUGAGCUUUGCUGACAUUGAGAAGACAUUGGCGCGGUUGGCUGAAAAGGCGCGCGCCGGUGAAAUUACGAUGGAAGACAUGGCGGGUGGCAACUUUACCAUUUCGAACGGCGGCGUCUUUGGGUCGCUUAUGGGUACACCAAUCAUCAACGUUCCGCAAGCUGGGAUCCUCGGCAUGCAUGCGACCAAGAUGCGCCCGGUCGUGCUCGCCAACGGCGAAAUCGUAGCACGGCCCAUGAUGUACCUCGCAUUGACGUACGACCAUCGCUUGGUCGACGGUCGGGAGGCCGUGACGUGCCUCAAGUCGAUUGCUGACAAAAUCGCCGACCCCGAACGCCUCUUGUUGGACUUGUAGUCGCUUGGCAAGACCCUCGUGUAGCGUCCACUGCCAGUUUUCCCAUGGCCGUAGGAUAGCAUUCAAUCCCAAUCCACUCCACAUAUAGUCGACUGCAUCGGUGUUUAUGUUGAGUGAAAACCUUGUUGUAGAAUG